UUGUACCUUUGAACUCGGAAGCGCUCUCCUUUCCUCUUCCGGGAACGGUGUUAUUAGGGAUUCACAAUGGUCCAGCGUUUGACAUACCGUCGGAGGCUGUCCUACAAUACAGCCUCUAACAAAACUAGGCUGUCCCGAACCCCUGGCAAUAGAAUUGUUUACCUUUAUACCAAAAAGGUUGGGAAAGCACCAAAAUCGGCAUGUGGCGUGUGCCCAGGCCGACUUCGUGGGGUCCGUGCUGUGAGGCCUAAAGUUCUAAUGAGGUUGUCUAAAACGAAAAAACAUGUCAGCAGGGCCUAUGGUGGAUCCAUGUGUGCUAAGUGUGUCCGUGACAGGAUCAAGCGUGCUUUCCUUAUUGAGGAGCAGAAAAUUGUUGUGAAAGUAUUGAAGGCACAAGCACAGAGUCAAAAAGCUAAAUAAAAAAUGGAGCUUUUCUGAGUAAUAAAAAUAGUUAAAAGGCU